ACACUAAAGGCCAGUGUCAGCUGUAAACUGAGAAGUAACAGAGCGUCAAUUAUCAAUGGAACAUCGCAGUCUUUUCCGUAUCGUUCUCGCUCUUAUAGCGACAAUCGAAGUCAAAUCAGCACCUACAAGCAAUUUUGGAUUAGGACAAAGAACCGUUUGGCAAGACAUCGGGAGACGCAGUUUCUAUGGACCGUGGAAUAUUUUGGUGAAACGAAACGGCGACUAUAUCGAUUACAGCGAUUAUGGUGUUCGCCUCGAACAGUUCCAGCCUAAUUCACCAGAGCCGCCAUACGACGACAUGUCGAUAGAUAACGGAUAUAUUGACGCGUUGCCCUCGGCUUACGAUAGCGACCUGUCGGAACCGAACACGCUACUCGGCUCUAUGGGCCUUGCUGACUACCGCACUGGAGUUCGCACUGCUGAUUGGAUCGAUCCAAGUGAGAGUUUCAAAGAAUAGCAUUGGGAGGAUAUUGCCUCUCAUAAAGUCGAAGAUACAGAGAAACUCGACGACUUUGCGUCUCCAACUGCGACGAGAUAACAAAAUUUUGCUGAAAGUUUAAAUGAAGAAACGAAGUAGACAAACAAUAGACUUGGUAUACGUGGUUCUCAUUCAAAUUUGUGAAAUUUAAAUUCACAAAGUGUUAAAAUAAAUAUCGUUUUGCUAUUAAUAUGAA